CCCAUUCCGAACAGAGUUGCCAGCUCUAGUCGCAAAUCGCAAUCCAAAAUUACCUCAAGUGGCGACAUAAAGGUUUCUCACUAAAACCCCCUCAUAUUUUUUCAUCCCGAAACCCAGAAUCGGAGCCCCCCACCGGAGUGGCUACAAUGGGGAGUACAAACGGGUGGCGCAUGGCGGGGAUGGAGGUUCCAAUAUUCAGCACCGAUUCCAUCAAGUGGCAUCAAGUUUCUGUCCCUUUUAAUUCAAAUUCUACUACCACUACUCCUCCCAACCCAAUUGCUAAGGAUUUUGCCUCUUUCUGUAACGUGGGAGACCACCCUACCUAUUUUAUCUGGAAAACAUGCAAGAUUCAAUCAAAUAUGCUCGAGAUUUUAGAGCUCUCUAGUUAUAAAGAAAUACCAAGGAUUGGAAUCCGAAUCAUAUUUCCUGAUGCACUUUUUCCCUUUGCCUUUAUAUGCAAAGAUGAGGCCAAAUUUUCUUCAGGAAAUCAAUUUGUGCUUUAUGCCUUGACAAUCUCAGGGGUUGCUUACCUCAUAAGACUAAGAAAUAUUUAUGAUUAUUCUCUCUUCCCAGCUAACGAUAUUCUUGAGUAUAACACACAAAUUGAACCUCAUCAUGGAGCAAUAACUGCAGUUGCAGCAAGAGCAGGAUGUCUUGUUGUCGGAAGGAUUGAUGGAUCUAUUAGUUGUUUCCAACUUGGCAUACUUGACCCGAUUGCUCCAGGUUUUGUCUCUGAACUACGAGAUGAUGCUGGUUUUGGUCGGUUGUGGGGCAUAGUGUCAAGGAGUCGGACAGUAGCUGCUGUACAGGAUUUGGUAAUAUCAGAGUUGUCUAAUAAGAAGCAUCUUUUUGUGCUUCAUUCUGAUGGGAGCUUCCGAGUUUGGGACCUUGUUAGCCAUAGUAAAAUUUUAAGUCAGACAGUGGCAAUUUCAACAUUGCCAGGUACAUUUGUAAGGCUAUGGGUGGGAGAAGCUAACCUUGAUACUGAUACUGGCAUAAUUCCUCUGGCAAUGCUGCAUGAACAGAACUUGGUAGGAGGCUCUUAAAAUGACAAUGGAACA